UGUGAACGCAGCCUCCUGGGGCUCCCCAAGCGGCGUUUACAGUGCCGUGCCGUGUGAACGCGGGCCAGGGGGGCUCGGUCACGUCCCCCAACCUGAGCCCACCCCCCAGCCUUUCACAGGGCCUGGCGACGGGGUGGCUUUUCUUCUCGCACACAGGGACGCGGAGGAGAGGGGUGGGUGGGAUCCCUGGGCUCCCAAGAGGACGUUCGCUCAACCUCACGCCAGGCGGCGGCUUAAGCGCCUCGAGGAGAGCAAAGGUCGCGCGCUGCGGCGGUUGCUUUCCUUCUUUUCUUCCCUUCCUUGGCUCCGCUCCGAAGCAGGGCGAGAACAAACUUUGCACAAGCAGGACUGGCGGAGGCUGGGUCAAGACGCGGAAGCAAGCCGGGUCCACACGGGAAGGAGGGACCUCGGGGAGUCGCUUCGGAUUAGCUCGAGUGGGAUUGCCGUUUGCAAGGUGGUGCGGCUGGCGUUGGCUCCAGACGGGAGGAAACGAGGGGGAGCGCCGGGCCGGAGUGACAGCCGCCCUCCCUGGCCGCCAGGCUGUUGCCUGGAGAAAGGCAGCACUGAGAAGCAAGAAGACUUCAGUUGCUUCCUCUUCUGAGCAGAAAAGCGAUGAUUUCAGGAGGCAGCUGCACAUAACAAUGACAGAGACUUCAGGAGGGAUGUGGGGAAACUACUGGGAACUUUGAGGAAAUGCUGGACCCUGAAGGGAGGAACGUGAUGGAGAAGCACGAGGAGAGCAACCUGAAAGAAGGACAAGAGCUGCCUGGCCAAGCAAGCAACCGGCAGGGACAACAAAUGCAAAUUGCUGCUGGCAAUCAGUCUCCUUGUCCUAUCAACCAGGCUGAGAGCUUGGUUCUUCUCCGAGGUCAAUUGGCUAACAGGAGCUUUAAUCGGCUGAAAAGGAAUUCAGCCAAGUGGGUGGCCGAGAUGAGUCCAACCCGCCUUUCUAUGUCCUGGGGCAGCACAAGGAGGAAAGGGUUAAAGGAACUUCUCCGGCAGAGCAGUCAGGCCAACCCUACCUGGCUUAUAGCUCCUCAAAAGGAUUCCGUCUCUGUUGAUGCCCAACAGGAACAGGAGCGUGUCUCAGAGGUAAAUUGUGAAGAGUUGUCCUUAGCGCUGGACCCCCUGGAGCAUGAAUGGAUGUUGACUGUGGCUCAGGGGGAUGCUGAAAGCAUCCUCAACUUGUUAGCCAAGGAGCCCAGCCUGCUUUCCAGGAGAGACUUUGUGACUGGUUUUACUGUACUCCACUGGUUGGCCAAACAUGGCCGUCACGAAGAUUUGAUCCAGGUGAUGGCUUUUGCACAGAAGAAUGGCUACCCAACCAACGUUGAUGUACUCACAGCCAGUGGGAGGUUGACCCCUUUGCACCUGGCUGCUCUGCAGGGCCAUGAGAUGAUCAUCAAAAUCCUAGUAGGAGCCUAUGGGGCCAACAUUAACCUCAGGGAUCACAAUGGCCGCAAAGCCUGGCAGUACCUCAAGGCCAAUGCUCCCAGAGAGUUGAAGGAGCUCUUAGGGGCAACUGAAGAAGACUUGGCCUUUCCAGGAGCAGGGAAUAUCAACAACAACUGUGCUCCUUCAAGAUGGGGUUGGAUUGGGGUCUUUAGAAUGGAAUGCCAAAAUGCUGGGGCUGCAAGGCAGAGCCAGGGGACCCAUACCAGGGGGUCUUAUUUCAGGAAUAUCUUUAGGCAAACUGUUGCAUUCUUUCAAGGGCUUUAGGUGUCUGCAGGGUAGUUAAUGGUGCUUGAACUUUUGGCUGGGAGUGGAUUGUCAUAGCAGCCAUUAGAGAAGCAGUGGUUAAGAAGCAGGAGGAAGCCCUGGGGUGGUUGGUGAAAUGUUCAGAUUGUCUCCCAGUUACUGGCUUUAGCAAAUCUGCCUAAGCUUAAUCUUUGGCCUCCAGAAAGUUGAGAAAUCUUUCUGGUUCAAGAAAAUGGGGGAGGAAGUGGGAAGAGACACAAAUGGGACUGGGGUGUCCCUGGGACGUUCCCUGAAAGGAAGUCUACAUGCAGAGAUGCAAAUAUGUGAUGUUAAAAGGGAACUGAAGUUCCGCAUCUGGAAAAAGAAAAUCCGCACUUUGUGCUGUGAGGCAUGUGCAGGAAAAUGUGCCUAUUUUUUUCUAAUUUAGCAUAAUUUAUUCAGAUUAAGCUGGGCUGAAGGAGCAGCCAAGAACUAGGCUGAGGGUUGAAGGCCCCACCUUCAGCCACUGAAAAACUGAAUCAGCUUGCUUCUGACAGCUCAACAAUACAAUUAGCCUUAUUGGCAAGAAACUUGCUUUUAAAAUCAGAGUUGUGACGCUAAGGGAAGCACAAUAUAAGACCUACUGCCAGUUCUUUUGGCAAGAUGGGGUGGGGAAGAGUCAGAAGCAAUGUUUUCAAAAUCAAAUGUUGUCAGUCCUACCCACAAUUUAAUUCGAGGUUGAGCUAAGUUCAGCCGUGCAUUUUACUUUAUUUUUACGAGAAUCCUGAAUGUUUGGAAUUGGCUUCACAAGUUUUGGGUCCCUCCCUCCACAAAAUGAAGGUAACAAGAAGACAGACUUGAUAAUCUCAGCAAAGGCAUUAUUUUUGGUGCUUUGGCUGUCCCACGUUUCUAAGGAACAUAAGGAAGUACACUUAAAUUAGACCAAGCCCUUCCUGUUAGUGUUGCAAUCGUUGCAAAAUCUCAGCAGCAAGCCGCUAUGAUACUGAUUGAUAGUCUCCUUAUUUGAUCAGUAUAGAUAUUUUUUGUCCAUCUGGUUUAGUUUGUCAUUCCUGCUGCCUGAUCAAAAGAAAAUCAGAACAGAAAGCUUCAGAUUCAGUCUGCAGUUUCUCCAGUGAAAGAGUUCAGGUAGUAGUGGGAAAGAUCUAACAUGUUCUGGAGAUCUAUUGCUUGCUGAAUUACAGUUGCGCCCUUUGGGGUUAGAUAGAUGACUUCAGAAUAUAUUAAAAUCAUCAGCCUCAUGGAAAAAAGGGAGAGGGAUGCUAAAAUCCUGGCCUUCUUAACUGAACAUUCCUUAUUAGGGGAGGGGAAAAACUACUAGGGGUGAGGAAAAUUUUACUCUGGGGCCCAAUGUGACAAUCUUAGCUAACCCUGGCUGUGUGAACAACCAAUGAAAAUAGUUACAGCAUCCCCUGUUUAGGAGAGCGUCUGGUGAAGUGGAAACACAAAGCCAUCUUGAUUGAUCUCUGAAAGCUAGAUAGGUUAGACCUGGUUAGUAUUUGGAUGGUAGGAUUUCCUGAGGCUUUAAGGUAAAUUGUGGGGUCAAAAAAACCACCCAGCACCAAAAUGUGGCCAUGGUGAUCUGUACCGUUGUAUGAUAUUCCAUGAAGCCACCAGAAAUUGAACUCAGUACAAGGACAUCUCUCUGUUAGUCAUAGCAGGUCAUCCAGGCUGGUCGAUCCCUUAGAGCUAAAUAGGCUCAGAUCUUGUUAGUACUUGUAAUGGAGACCCACCAGGAGAUCCCAGGGUGGUCAAAAACAAACUCCACAGCAAUGGGAAAUCACAUCCUUAUAGUUGCCAAGAAAGCUACACAGGCCAGGGAUGAAGUUCAUCUCAAAGUAGACCUUACCUUCACUUUUUUAUUGGGGAAGAGAGGUACAGUAUAGAGUUCUGAGAGCUUCAGGGAUAUUCUUUGUUUCAAAUAAAGGAUAUUUUAACA